CUUCUUCAACUUCCUUCUUCUAUCCUCCUAACUGUUCGUUCUCUUCCAAAAUGUCUGCCCCCUCAUACAUGGCAGACCCUCUUACAGUUUUACCACCCGAGAUCGUCUUGCGCGUCGUGGAAUUCCUCCCGGUCUCCGCCGUAGCGUCGCUGACCGCCGUCUCCAAGCCCUGGCACCAAUUUAUCGACAUCACCCAUCGAGAAGCUAUCUACAGUUCCGAAACGAAAACCGCCCAACCUCCGGGUGGCGCCCGCGACUUUUCAUUUUUGUCGAACAGCACCACCUCCUUUACCAAAUUAUUUGAGAACACUACAUCAUGGAAAGAUCUAUGCAAGCGCCAGAAGCUGCUCGCCCGCAAUUGGGCCGACGAGCGCCCAGUGACCCGCGAGUCGGUGCUUCAAGUCGGCAACAAUCCUGUCUGGCGAUUCCGGGCAGACUUUAAGCGCCGGUUCUUCAUUUCAACAUCACACGCGGGUGGUCUGAAUGUUACGGAUAUGGAUACGGGCAGGAUCCUAUGGCGGCUACCCUCCACGCUGGAACGUGAUGAGGGUUCCGUUCGCCCGUAUGCCCAUCUGGAGUAUCAGGACGGAAUGGCGGUCUUUGACCGUGAGGGAGAUGCGCUCGAGGUCUGGCAGGCUGAUCAAGAAGGUGCCAAACGUGGAGAGUUCCGGCGCAUCGCGAUCUUAGACCACAAUUGUCAGACCAGAGGCUUCCAGUUGUCGUAUUGGACGCUGUGUGUGGUCUCCACACAGGGGCAAGGCUUUGUGUAUGAUAUGACGCAGCGACCUCCGAAGCUGACUACGCACAUCUCUAUCGAGAAUGAUGCCGUCGGCCAUUUGGAUCAGAGCGCGGACGCUGUUAUCUACUCUAUGGGCCCCCGAGGCUAUCAUGUCUACAACAAGGCGACCGGCGAGUUCUUGGGCGCAUUGCAGCCAUCCCGUUGCACAGACAUGUAUCAUAUCCUUCCGCCGGUCGCUACCUCGCCGUCUGCGAUCGCUGCACUAGCCGCUGCUGCGCGACAUGGUCCGACUCAGCAGAUGGUCGCUCUCAGCAAACCUCGCAAAGACUGCUUGGUGCCAAUUGAGCUUUCGAAGGGUCCGCUUCCACCACCGACUGACUUUGAACACGUAAGGCAUGGUGACGACGAAUGGGGUGCGGGUAUGCUCCACGGUGACCUGUUCGUUGGCUUCUCCCGCGCUGGUCGUGUAUUCGUAUGCUCCAACUGGCGGAAGGCCCUACAGAAUGAGAGAGCGAUUUCAGAACAUGGGUCCCUUAUCGAAUGCGAGUCGGACGGUUCUAAUUUUGACCUGGGCGGCUGGUUGUCUGUGCGCAACCACCGGGUGAUGUUUGAGAUUCAGGAUCGUAUCUAUGUCGUGGCCCUCGACGACGAGAACAAGAUUCAGGACGUUAACAAGCCAGCUCGGGCUUCCUACUCUCUGCUCACUAGCUCGGUGCCACAGCUUGCUGUGCCGGUCAGUUUCAUGGCGUUGUAUGAUGAUGCGAUCAUGACCACCUACACUACUCUCGGCUUCCGUCAACAUAAUUCUGACGUUCCAGACGAUGAACAAGACGAGGGGCCUGCUCGCAUCUUCCCCACCAAAGCCAUCCGCAUUGUCAGCCUAGCGCCCGAUCUCUCCGACGGCAAGUCUGUCCCAAUCGAUGACCAACAGGCGACAGGCGAUGGACUCUGGAGCUCUGAACCACGUCAAAGGCGGGCUGAGGAUACCUGGCGCUCACAGGCAGGGCUCUUGCAGUUGGUCAGCCUGCUCGGGGAUGAGCUUGAUGACGAAGACGAGGCCGAGAUGGAGGCCUUAGCCAUGGAAAAUGAAGAGGAGUGGGAAGAUCUGGAUGAUGAUAACCUUGAAGGUCAUGACAAUGAUCAUGAUCAUGAGGGUGAUGAGGAUUCCGAACCAGAGUCUACGCGUGAACAUGGGACAGCCUAGACAUAGGACAGUGAGGGCAGAUCCUGAAUGGCCAGUAACCAAUAUGAGCAGGAUAGGUCCAAAUUGACCAAUCACGAAUUGACUAUCGAUCUUCCAAGACAACCAACCGUAAGGGGAUAACGAUAUAUGCCAAGAAGGGAUGGAAUAUCCACAUAAGCAAGUGGCAACGGAAAUUUGACGAGGCAUCAUUCCCCACGUAGAGAUCUACUAACCUGACACUUUAGCUGCGUAGAAUUUUGAACCUUAUAAUAAUAUACGCUCGCAUUGGAUCGCGGGGAAGCAUACCGCAGCUGUCAAUCAGAUCAUGGUACACAGCACCCAGAGCCGGAAGCCUAUACAUAUAGCCAGACAUAUCCUUUUGGUGUAUCUACUACUACCACUGGGGAUAUUCAGUUUACCAUUUACUGUGGUGUAUAGUGAUUAGCAUGAUACGUACUAUCAAAGCUGUACUCUAAACAGCGAAUACAAACCACACAUUGUGUCUAAGCCAAAGUAGCAAUCUACUAUUUACCAUACAACUAUCCGCUAUUGAGAACUUGAUUCACUUGUAGCCUAC